AUGAUAGAUGUACCCACCGACAUGUUGCUGUGGGCGCUGCUUGGCGCCCUCCUCCCUGUCUUCACAAUGACGAUAGCCUCGCUGCUGGGGCGCUGGUCACUUCAUCGCGAAAAGCAGAAAAUGCAAAAGAUGGGGCAACAGGCGCAGGCGGAUGCGACGUCUGCGAUGGACGCCGACGCCGGCAGCACGCGGGAGGCAAAAAGAAGUUGCUCCUGUCAGGCAUCAGUCAAUGGCGGCAAGGACGAAGGUGCAGGCAAAAAGAUCCUCAUCGCCUACGCCACGCAGUCGAACACGGCAUGCACACUGGCGCACAAGCUCUUUUCCACGCUGAACACCGUCUUGCAUGAGGCAAGUUGCGAGGAAGCGCAGCAGGGUUCCGUCUGCUGCCGCGGGGGGCGCUACGUGCCUGAGGUGAAGGUGCUGCAGCUCGCUGAGGAGGGCCGGCAGUGCAGCGUGGACCACCUGCUAGAGAGCCAUGCCUACAGCUUCGUGGUUCUCAUUGCAAGCACCUACACAAACGGCACCGCGCCAGGGUCGUCGCAAGCGUUUGCGGAUCUUCUGCAAGACGCGUACACCGACUUCCGUGUGCCACGUGAUGCCCUCGCCAAGACGCGGUUUGCCAUAUUUGGGCUGGGCGACGUCGCGUAUGGCGCGAAACACUUCAACCGAUUUGCGAAGAACCUGUACACGUGGUGCAAUGGCCUAGGGGCGUCGUUUGUGGUGCCGCCAGUGUACGCUAGUGAGGCAAAUACGGUUUCCCUCUUCAACGUCUUCACGGCGUCCCUGGUGAAGUGGGUCAGCCGCGUCGUCUUCACUGCAGACGGGGUUGUGGUGAUGCGAAAGCCGCAGCGGGCGAAGGGGACGCGGUCACCGACAGGUGACGAUGCUGCGAGCCUAGUGCGUGCGGCGCCCGACAGUGAGGACGAGGAGGAGGAGGAAGCGGGAAAUGAGUCGCGCGGCGGCGGCAAGAUGCUGAAUAACAGCCGCAGCAACACCAACGAGAGCGCGGGUGAUGUGGAGGAUGUUGUGACGGAUGACGAUGAUGGCGGCACGGAGGGGGAGGCGUCGAUGACAUCCGCCAGUGAUCCACAAGAGCUGCUCUACCCGCGGCUGCGGCAAAACUUGCAGCGGCAGGGCUACCACCUCGUCGGCUCCCACAGCGGGGUGAAGUUGUGCCGCUGGACGAAGGCCAUGCUGCGUGGCCGGGGCGGGUGCUACAAGCACACCUUCUACAACAUUGCCUCGCACCAGUGCAUGGAGAUGACGCCGAGCCUGGCGUGCGCCAAUAAGUGCGUCUUCUGCUGGCGGCACCAUACGAACCCCGUCUCACGCUCGUUUCGCUGGAAGGUCGACCCGCCGCAGCAGCUUGUUGCCGGCGGAAUUGAAGGGCACCAGAAGAUGAUAAAGCAGAUGCGGGGGGUGCCCGGUGUCACACCGGAGCGACUGGAGGAUGCGAUGCAGGUGCGUCACUGCGCUCUCUCCCUCGUCGGGGAGCCUAUUAUGUACCCGGAGAUCAACGCCUUUGUGGAUUUGCUGCACGAGCGCGGCAUCUCCUCCUUCAUGGUGACCAACGCACAGUUCCCGGAGCAGCUGCGGAUGCUGAAGCCGGUGACGCAGUUGUACCUCUCCAUUGAUGCCCCCACGCCGGAGGAGCUGAAGCGCAUUGACCGCCCACUCUUUGAAGACUACUGGGAACGCUGCCUGGCCUGCAUACGGGAGCUGCGUCGCAAGCCGCAGCGCACCGUGUUUCGCCUGACGCUAGUAAAUCAGUACAACACGGAGAAUGUUGCCGCCUACGCACAUCUUGUACGACUCGGAUGGCCGGACUUCAUCGAGGUCAAAGGUGUCACGUACUGCGGCACAAGCGCCACCUCCACACUCACGAUGAAGGAGAACGUGCCGCGCCACGAGGAGGUGGUACGCUUCUGUGCGGACCUCUGCGCGGCGCUGGCCGCCGACACUGCCCCCAAGGACAAGCGAACAUGGCUGGGUCAGGAGCCCGAACCAGCAACCGCAAGGGCCAAGUUUAAUAGUAACGAGAAUAAGACGUCGGAUAACAGCAAGGAGAAUAAUACCAACGAGAACACCACAGAGGAAGGAGGAGCAGCGGCAGCGGCGUCUAGCGGCCCGUACUGCAUUGCAUGCGAACACGAGCACAGCUGCUGCGUUCUCAUUGCCCUGCGCCGCUUCCUUGUGCAGGGGGUGUGGCACACGUGGAUUGACUACGACAAGUUUACCGCGUUAGCCAGGAGCGGGCGCACUGACUUUACGGCUGCUGAGUACGCAGCGCCGACUCCGUCGUGGGCGGUGUUCCGCUCAAACGAAAAGGGCUUUGACCCAACGCAGCUUCGCGUGCACCGCAAGAGCGGCAAGCCGGUGGUGGUGACCUCUGGAUGCUAA